CUCUGGGGUAGUAUGUUGUCUUUCCAAAGAGUAUUGCCGGGCAUUGGGAAUGGGAUAGUUGCCUACUCUCGAGUUGCUGUACGCUGCUAUGCUACGAAAACACCGGAGCAGAUGGAAAAGAUUGCCAACUACCAAGUAAAUAAAGCAAAAUAUAGAGACAAUGUUCGAAAGUUACGAAAGCAAUACUCCGAAGAGUAUGCGGAUCUUCAAAAGCAGUAUGAUACAAUCCGAGCAGAAAAAGCGCGUGCAAAUGAGGAGAAGAUGAAGCUGAAGGCGGAGGAGGCCCGUGAAGCGAAGGUGGGAAACAUUCGCUACCACUGGGAGCACUUGUGCAAUGCUGAGAUAAUGAAAACGAUGCGUCAGACGAGAGGCGUGAUGAACCAACUUCAUCGAGAGUCAGAGAAGCGAAACCACAUGAGAAAGAUGCUGGAUGCUCACAUGGUCUAUUUAGCAAAUCCCUACAAGUUGGAAGAAGUGGAGAAGCGUGUUUUGGAGGAACUUCAGGAGGUUGUGCCGAUUGAGCGCGUGUUUAUGGCGGGUCCCUACGAUAACUUCGAUGCGAUGACGGUUCCCACAAUGGAAAACUACGAAGAGAACGAGGUUCCCGACAACAAGCCUGUGACCAAGGCACGCGUGCAAGAAUUGAAGAAACAGUGGGCUGAGAGUCGUCAAUGA